GCAGAAGUAGCUAGUUUACAAACCUGUGCUGAAAAUUACUAUUCACAAUUGCUAGAUAUUUGCAAGUUAUUAGAAAAUAAAGCGAAAGAAGUAAUAAGGACAGAAAGUAAAUUAGAUGAAAAGCAGCAAAAA